AGGCAGUAUUGACACCUAAAGCCCGUUUUCUUCCCACAAUCCACCGCGGUCCUCCACAUUUGUUGCUCUGAGUGUCAAACCCAAGAUGUCGCUGCAUCGGCUGUUCCAGCUGUCCUCUCUGCUGCGCUCCGCCGUGAGCCUCACCCUGCGCAGGAACGUCGGCAUCUCUGCGGUGGUCUUCAACAAGGCCAAGGAGCUCGACCCCAUCCAGAAGCUCUUCCUGGACAAGAUCCGGGACUACAGCGGCAAGAGCAAGACCUCCGGCGGCAUCGUGGACGCGGGGCCCGAGUACCAGAAGAACAUGACCGAGGAAGUAGCCAAACUCCAGAGGCUAUACGGAGGAGGAGACCUCAACAAGUUUCCAGACUUCAAAUUCGCUGAGGCGAAACUCGACGAAGGCGCCAAGUGAAGGACGUCCAUGUUGUAAAUCUCCUACAUGUCUCAAAUAUGUUGUAUUUAAUAAAAGUGUGGAGCGAAAAAUGA